GUGAAGGAGUUGGAAUCCAAACUUCAGACUCUAAGCUUUCCCACUGAUGUGGAUAUGGAACAACUGGAAUCUUAUGUCAAAUUGAAAGAGGCACUGGCUUCAGCCAAGCGGGAUCGAUGGGCGUUGGCGACCAAAUCGAAAACUGUGAUUCCGUUUUUGCAGCCUGGUCGGGUUGUGCGG